AUGGCAAUAGAUGAAUAUUGUGGAGAAGAAUUGGAGCUGCAUCUGCAAUUAUGGAAUGACGAAUUGGUUUCAUCUAAUACUGAACUCAAAGAAAUUGGAAUCCAUGUGAUUGUAGAGAAGCCAGGUUCAUUUGAAGAGUGGGAGUGGGAGUGGAAUAAUGACAUUGAUAACCAAAGAAUAUCAGCUUCUGUGGACGUUGAAGAGGAGGAUGAGAUUGACAGCCAAAGUGGAACAGACAGAGUGAUACUCAAACAUCAUCGUCUUCAUCAUCCCCUUUUGGGUUCAAUUGCAUCCUCUACUAGGGAGCAAUGGAUAUCUUAUUUACUAAAGAUGUUGCAAGCACGAGAUGUCCCCUUCAUCAGCUUUUGUCCUUUUAGGCACCACAUAAUAUCAUUCCUGGCCCCUCGUCCAAAAGGUUGA